GCUUGGUACGUGACGUCAUCGGCGAAGAGACCUGAGUAGCGCAAGGGAAUGAAACUUUAUUUUGGAUAAUUAAAAAUUGUUUUGAUCGGAAUUACAUCAUUUCCGUAACUUUUCUGCUUUAAUUAUUACAGCAUUUUGUUGCGAGUGCUUUGCUGGUGACUGUGGACAGCGACAGCUUGCUCUGCUGCAAAAUCUGCAUUAUUAAUGCAUGAUUGGCUUUAAAUCUGGAAAAAAGAGUGCAAGUAUUUAGUUGUUAUUUAAAUCUUUUAAAAUUCAACAUGUCUGAUGAUGAAAGUAGAGAUUCAAGGGGAGAUACUGAAACUUACAAAAGUGAUGGCAGCGAUAAUAUAUGCCGUGAUUUUUUGCGAAAUGUUUGUAAACGGGGUAGACGUUGCAAAUAUAGGCAUCCUGAUACAAAUGAAACAGAAGAAUUGAGUAGAAAAGUAAGAUAUGUGUUUUGCCACGAUUAUCAAAACAAAGAAUGUAGGCGUGUAAAUUGCAAAUUUCUGCAUUGUACUCGAAAUGAAGAACAACAGUAUCAUCUUUAUGGUCGUUUGCCUUCCCAUUUACUUGAUGCUGUUGCAAUGGGUAAAGGUAUUCCUUUUGAUGCUCCAGCAAAAAAAGGAGAAAUACCAAUAUGUAAUGAUUUUUUAAAAGGUGAUUGUAGACGGGCUGGGCGUUGUAAAUUUCGUCAUGUUACAGAAACUGAGCAAGUUGAUUCACCUCAUAUAUGGAGACGAAAGAAAGAACGAUUUGGCAAUUUAGACAAAUAUAAUGAAGUAGAUGAUUACGAACCUGAACCAAAACGACAAGCAUUUGAUCGUUAUGCUAAUAACUCAAAUUAUUUUUCAGAAAAUAAUGAUAAAUGCUCUUUAGUUUCUUCUGCUGUUGUACCUUUGGAUUAUCAAUUACUUGAGGAAGAAAACACUCUACUUCGACAUAAAAUAGAAGAAUUGAAAAAGCAAGUAACUGAACUUCAAGCUACAAAUGAAUUUCUUUUGGAUCAAAAUGCGCAAUUGCGACUUAGUAAACAAACUACAGUAUCACCAGUUACACAAACAUUAAAUCCUCACACUGCUACACCUUUGCCAUCUGCUAUUACUCAAAUAUCACAACAGUUAUCUUUAGGAAAUAGUGAUCUUACAGGUGCAACUACUACUUUACCUACUCAGCAUAUUGCAACAGAGUUAGCAGCAGCUACCCAGCAAACUAUCACACCAAUAGUACCUGUAACUUUGGGGCAAGCAAUUGCACCUGUAUCAAUUGCCACAGUGCCAGUGUCUAUUGCAUCUGUUCCUGUAUCAAUAGCUCAAGCACUGCCUGCAGCAGUUUCUCUUUCUCAGACUUUACCACAAAGCAUUAUUACUAUGAGUGGCCCAUCAACUCCUCUAGUGUCUUAUCCAAUAAUGACACAAAGUAUGCGUCCAGUUAUAACUCAUAGUUUAGGACGCUAAAUUAUUGAAUAAAGCUGUUGCAAACAAAAGUAAUUAAAUAAAUAAACCAUUAUCAGUUUUUAUUUAUAGCAUACUGAGUAUGAAAUUUAUUCAUACAUACAUUUUUAUCAAUAUGAAUAUUCAUUGUUAAUAAAAGUUAGUAUGAAUUUGCAUCAUAUUUAAUUUAUGAUGAUUUGAACUUAUGAAUUGCCUAAAGAUUGUUCAUUGCUUUGCAUUUUAGUCCAUAUGCUACAUUAAUUAACAACAAUUUUUAUAACAACAUAGAAAAAUUAAAAAUGCAGAUAUUAAAUGAAAAUAGAAAUAAAAUUAUUAUUUUUUUGUUAAAAAUAUAGUAUAUCAUUACACACUAUGAAUACUAUAAUUUAAUUCAGUUAAAUUCAUUAAAACUUAAUGAAAUAGGUAAAAUGUAUUAGUAAAAAGUAUGUACUAACUCUGUAAUAAUUACUAAACUUUCUUCCAUAUGGUAUAUAAUUCAUUGUAGUUUAUUUUUUUGAGGGUUGUGUAUUUUAUUUUUAUUAUUUAGAAUUGUUUUGUAACAUAGAGUAGGUUAAUCAACUUGUAUUCUAUUAAAACUAAAAUAUUAAAUGUUACAUACAUUUAUGUAUUUAAUUGAUUUAAAAAUUCAAAUUAUUAUUUCAAAUUUUUAAAAAGAAAAUAUGCACUAAUAGUUAUUGUGCAAAAAUUAAAAAAAAACUUUUAUUAGCCCUGAUGUGGAUUUUUGCAUGAUUAUGUAUUACUUAAAAAACAUUGUAUUAAAAUUAUAUGGAAGUAUUUUUUUAAUUAAAAUAAACUUCUUGAAUCAUGAGAAUUAAUAUUUUAUUUUUAAUAAUUCAAAAUAUAAUUUCUAAUACUUGUUUUUUAUUUUCAGAGCAAAUAUAUAAGAGCAUUGAUACGAGUUACAUGAAUUUAUUAAGUCAUGUUUAAACAUUCUUCUAAUAUACAGUAUAUACAGGGUUCCUACACACCUGAAAGUCAGGGAUUUUCAUUAGUGUUUGGAAAAUGUCAUGGAAAGUCAGGGAAUUUGUUUCCUUGUUGAUUAUGUUUGCUGACAGUAUGGCUGACCAAGUGUAGCUGUCUGCAGGCAGCAAGAAGUACUGUAUUGUGGUACAGUACAAUGCAACUUAUGAAAAGGGGGUGCAGAAUAUUUUCAUGAUUCAAAAUUUCACCCAAAGAUACACAAAAUUUCUGCAAAAUUAUAGCGCACAAAAUAUACAAGCAUACAACAAUAUCAAUUAUUUUUUUUAAAUUUUAAAAUACUUUUAGAUUUUAAAACUGCUGUAUUAAUUAUGUAGUAUUAUAAGUUUGAGACAAAAAUUUAAUACUCUUAAUAAUCUAAUGUUGACAAAAAAAAUUUCAAAAAUUUUAACUCUCUCUCUCUCUCUCUCUCUCACACACACAUAAUUUACACUUUCACUUUGAGGGAGAGUGUUAAUGAACUGAUGAGAAAAAAUGAUUGUUAACAAAGAACCAAAAAUGAUAAAUAAUAUCAUUUGAAUUAAUAUUAUCAUUUUAAUAAUUUUGUUUGCAUAACAAAACAAUUUCUGAUUUCUGAAACUUUUUCCCAGAUUAAGUUUGGAAAAUUUAUUAAGGGACAAAUUUAAUAAAUUUAUACUUUUGUACAUGGAUUAUAAAGAAUUUUUUAAUAAUAAUUAAUGGUUUUUUUCUUUUUUCAAAGCCAUGAAGUUUUACAGUUAUGAGUUAAUAACAGGAUAAAUUAUUUUUAUUUAAUAAAACAUUUUAGUUUUUUGUAGAGAAGGUACACCAUAAUUCUAUCUGUCUUAUUUUAAUUUUACUAAUUCAUUGAUUAUAAAAAAUAUAUAACUGUUAAUUAAAAAAAAUAACCAGUUAAAAAGUUGGAGCACAAUAGUGUACUGUAUGUGUGUAGUAAGUCAUAUGAUUAUUUAUUUUGUUACUGUGCCAUACCAUAAGAGAUGUGAGAGUCAGGGAAUUUGUACAAAGUUGGUCAGGGAAAGUCAUGGAAUUUAAAACAAAAAUUUGAGUAGGAACCCUGUACAGUAUAUUUAGUGAUAUUGUGUUAUUCUGUAUUGUUUGGUUUGAAGUUAAAAGGGACUUAGAAGAAUUUUUUGCAUUCUAAUACAAAAUGUUUUAUUUAAUUCUUUAAUAUAAUGCAUAAUUUUCAUUCGUAUUGU